AUGGAUCUGAUUGUUGGGGUACAGGAAGAUGGAGAAGUGGAGGAGGUUAGAAAAGAGCUAUUAGGAGUCAUUUGCGCUGAGUGUUCCCAUCCAACGUGUCACGAUGACGUACAGGAACCAGGAUCAAUCACCGAACUACGCCGUAGUUCGCGAUCCCCUCUAAUACUUCGGGGAGGAUGGAACUCAAGGGGUUUCCUCACGUUUGACGAUCGCACUUAUGUGCCGAACUACGCCGAGGCUCGGCUAAAGAUCAUGAAGAUGCGACACGAUUCGGCCCUAGCUGGUCACCCAGGCUCAGCGAAGACCCUCGAGCUUGUCCUGAGGGAUUACGUUUGGGUUGGAGUAAGGAAGGAUGUCGAAGAUUAUAUCGCUGGCUGUGCGGUAUGUCAGAGAGCAAAGACUAACAGACAGAAACCCCAUGGAGAGCUCAAACCAUUGCAAGUGGCUAUUAAACCCUGGUCAAGCAUCUCGAUGGAUUUCAUCGAAGAGCUUCCGAAUUCCCAUGGAUAUAAUUCCAUCCUGGUAGUGGUGGACCGAUUGACCAAAUGGGGCAUUUUUAUCCCAACCACGACGAAAUUAACCGCAGCUGGACUAUCUGAGCUGAUAAUGGACUAUGUGGUGGCCCAGCAUGGGUUACCAGAGAGUAUAGUAUCGGACAGAGGAUCGAAGUUUACCUCGAAGUUUUGGAAGAACUUGACCGAUAGUCUCGGCAUAAGACUACAUCUUUCUACCGCGUAUCAUCCACAGACUGAUGGACAGACCGAACUAAGAAGAAACGACUCCCUCAAAUUAUACCUUCGAAUCUUCACUUCCUACCAGCAGAACGACUGGUCGAAGCUGCUUGCUCGAGCUAGCUUUGCUUACAACAACACCCAUCAUUCAGCGAUAAACAAGACCCCAUUCUAUGCGAACUACGGGUACCACCCUCGGUGGGCUGAAGAGAUUAAGGCCAGUGAGGUCGAGGUACCUGCUGCUACAGUGGUGGUAAAAGACCUAACCGAAAUACAUAAAGAAUGUAUUGAGGGAAUUGAGAGAGCUAACGAGAAGUACGCCGAAGGAUACAAUAGGAAACACCGGACUACGCCGAACUUCGUGGAAGGUGACCUAGUAAUGCUGUCGUUAGAGAACAUCAAGACUAAAAGACCAAUGAAGAAGUUAGAUGUGAAGCAAGGUGGGCCGUACAAGGUAGUACGGCAGGUAGGUUCUCAUGCUUGUAAAUUGGAAUUACCAGGAACGAUGGCAGGUAUCCAUGAUGUAUUCCAUGUUUCAUUGCUUCGUCCCUAUCAUCCUCCAGUAUUCCCUGGUCAGCAAGCUGAACCACCUGGCCCAGUAGAAGUAGAUAACGUAGGAGAAUCGUGGGAAGUAAAGGACAUUGUGGACUCUAGAGUAAAUAAAAGAUCAGGAAAGUUAGAGUACUUAGUAGAGUGGUUAGGUUACGAAGGAACAGACGAUUCGGUAUCAUGGGAACCAGUAGAGAACGUCGACGGAGCUGAUGACAUAUUGGCGAAGUUCCACGAACUUCACCCUACUAAGCCGAAGGAAGGGCGACUGCGGAGGGCUAGGAGGUAG